GAUUCUCCACCCCCAGUGAGUCCUCCCGAUUUCCCUCCCUUCUCCUUCUCUUCCUCCUCCUCCUCCUCCUCCUCCUCCUCCUCCUCCUCCUCCUCCUCCUCCUCCUCCUCCGCCUACUGGCUUUUGGAAAACGGGGAGUGGUGGUAGGAAGCCACUGGGCUGCAAUAGGAGAAGAGUCCAUCAAGUCGUCCGCUGGUCUGCAAAGUGUUGCUUUGACACAUCCUGAUUAAGGAAGUUAAGUAAAAAAAAAGAAAAGAAAAAAAAAAGGGAAAAAAAAAACCAAAAAAAAAAAACAAAAAAAAAACCAAAACCUCAGGACGUGGAGCUGCUACCGGGAAGGAGAGAGAAAAAACAAACCAGGAAGGCAAAGCAAUAGGCCAAUGGUGUUUGGGCUGUGCGCCGGCAAGUUUGUGGAACACUUUCUAGGAAUUAGGUCUUGUCCUUUCCCCUUCAUCUUCUUGACUUCGGAAGAAAAGAACUUGACUUUUGGAUUGCAGUGGAGCUUGAGGAGAGAGGGCUAGACACCCUGGAGUGAAGCGGCCGGCGGACCGAACUGGGGAAUUUUGAGUGUGGAAAGAACCGCAGCCUUUGGAGUGUCCUCUGAUUCAGACGGAUCCAAAUGUCCCCCUGCGCAAGCCUCUCCGCUAACAUCUCCGGACCCGGCGAUUUGUUCUUCAUGACUUUUAAUUAACGUCUAGCAAAGUCUAAACUUUGGACCUACCUCUUUUUUUGAUACUUAUUUUUGUACUUUUUGCUCUCUGGGAUUGGUUUCUUAAGCAAUCUGAAUUCUUUUUAAUAUGUCAACAUGAGUCGGCUGAUGUUUACACAACUACUGCUCUGUGGAUUUUUAUAUGUUCCGGUUGAUGGAUCUCGUCUUCGCCAGGAAGAUUUCCCCCCACGGAUUAUUGAGCACCCUUCCGAUGUCAUUGUCUCUAAGGGCGAGCCCACCACUUUGAACUGUAAGGCAGAAGGCAGACCGACUCCCACCAUCGAGUGGUACAAGGACGGUGAGCGGGUGGAGACUGACAAGGAUGAUCCCAGAUCGCACAGGAUGCUCCUGCCCAGUGGAUCCUUGUUCUUCCUGCGAAUCGUGCACGGGCGCAGAAGCAAACCGGAUGAAGGGAGCUACGUGUGUGUGGCCAGGAACUAUCUUGGUGAAGCAGUGAGUCGGAAUGCAUCUCUGGAAGUGGCAUUGUUACGAGAUGACUUCCGGCAAAAUCCCACAGAUGUUGUCGUGGCAACUGGAGAGCCUGCGAUCCUGGAGUGCCAGCCUCCCAGGGGACAUCCAGAACCCACCAUCUACUGGAAGAAAGACAAAGUUCGCAUUGAUGACAAGGAUGAAAGAAUAAGUAUCCGUGGUGGAAAGCUGAUGAUCUCCAACACCAGGAAAAGUGACGCUGGGAUGUAUACUUGUGUUGGUACCAAUAUGGUGGGAGAAAGAGACAGUGACCCAGCAGAGCUGACCGUCUUUGAACGGCCCACAUUCCUCAGACGGCCAAUUAACCAGGUUGUGCUAGAAGAAGAAACUGUAGAAUUUCGUUGUCAGGUCCAGGGAGAUCCUCAGCCAACUGUGCGGUGGAAAAAGGAUGAUGCAGACUUGCCAAGAGGAAGGUAUGAUAUCAAAGAUGAUUACACACUGAGAAUCAAAAAGGCCUUGAGUACAGACGAAGGCACCUAUACAUGCAUUGCAGAGAAUCGGGUUGGAAAAGUGGAAGCCUCUGCUACCCUCACAGUCCGAGCUCGUCCUGUUGCUCCUCCACAGUUUGUGGUUAGACCAAGGGAUCAGAUUGUUGCUCAAGGAGGAACAGUGACAUUUCCUUGUGAAACCAAAGGCAACCCACAGCCAGCUGUUUUUUGGCAGAAAGAAGGUAGCCAGAACCUGCUUUUCCCAAACCAACCUCAGCAGCCCAACAGUAGAUGCUCUGUGUCACCAAAAGGAGACCUCACCAUCACCAACAUCCAGCAUUCAGAUGCUGGUUAUUACAUCUGCCAGGCCCUCACUGUGGCAGGAAGCAUUCUAGCAAAAGCUCAACUGGAAGUUACUGAUGUUUUGACAGAUAGACCUCCACCCAUAAUUCUACAAGGCCCAGCCAACCAAACACUGGCAGUAGACGGUACAGCACUACUGAAGUGUAAAGCUACUGGCGAUCCUCUGCCUGUCAUCAGCUGGUUAAAGGAGGGGUUUGCUUUUCUGGGUAGAGAUCCAAGAGCAAUAAUACAAGAACAAGGGACAUUGCAGAUUAAGAAUUUACGGAUAUCUGAUACAGGCACAUACACAUGUGUGGCUACGAGUCCAAGUGGAGAGACAUCUUGGAGUGCUGUGCUGGAUGUAACAGAAUCUGGAGCAACAAUCAGUAAAAGUUAUGACGUAAAAGACCUUCCAGGGCCACCGUCUAAACCACAAGUCACCGAUGUGACUAAGAACAGUGUUACUUUGUCCUGGCAGCCAGGUACUCCUGGAACCCUCCCGGCAAGUUCGUAUAUCAUUGAGGCUUUCAGCCAAUCAGUGAGCAAUAGCUGGCAGACAGUGGCAAACCAUGUAAAGACCACGCUCUACACAGUGAGAGGACUGCGGCCCAAUACAAUCUAUUUAUUUAUGGUCAGAGCUAUUAACCCCCAAGGUCUCAGUGACCCCAGUCCUAUGUCUGAUCCUGUACGCACACAAGAUAUCAGCCCACCAGCUCAAGGAGUGGACCAUAGACAAGUUCAGAAAGAACUAGGAGAUGUCAUUGUCCGUCUACAUGCUCCACUUGUUUUGACUCCCACCACUGUUCAAGUCACAUGGAUGGUUGAUCGUCAACCACAGUUUAUCCAAGGCUACCGAGUGAUGUAUCGCCAGACCUCAGGCAUACAGGCUUCGUCAACCUGGCAGAAUUUAGAUGCCAAAGUACCAACUGAGAGAAGUGCAGUCUUAUCCAAUCUGAAAAAGGGAGUGACCUACGAAAUUAAAGUUCGACCAUAUUUUAAUGAAUUCCAAGGAAUGGAUAGUGAAUCUAAAGCUGUUCGUACUACCGAGGAAGCCCCCAGUGCUCCUCCACAAUCUGUCUCUGUGCUGACAGUUGGAAGUCAGAAUAGCACAAGUAUUAGUGUUUCCUGGGAUCCUCCUCCUCCAGAUGAUCAGAAUGGAGUUAUUCAAGAAUACAAGAUCUGGUGUCUGGGAAAUGAAACACGAUUCCAUAUCAACAAAACUGUGGAUGCAGCCAUCCGAUCGGUAAUCAUUGGCGGAUUAUUCCCAGGUAUUCAGUACCGAGUAGAAGUGGCUGCCAGUACCAAUGCAGGGGUCGGAGUAAAAAGUGAGCCACAGCCAAUAAUAAUCGGAGGACGUAAUGAAGUUGUCAUUACUGAAAAUAAUAACAGCAUCACUGAACAAAUCACUGAUGUUGUGAAGCAGCCAGCUUUUAUUGCUGGUCUUGGCGGUGCCUGCUGGGUGAUUCUGAUGGGUUUUAGUAUCUGGUUAUACUGGCGAAGAAAGAAGAGAAAAGGACUCAGUAAUUAUGCUGUUACAUUUCAAAGAGGAGACGGAGGACUAAUGAGCAAUGGAAGCCGUCCUGGCCUUUUAAAUGCUGCUGACCCCAGUUAUCCUUGGCUUGCGGACUCCUGGCCAGCCACCAGUUUGCCCGUGAACAAUAGCAAUAGUGGCCCGAAUGAGAUUGGGAAUUUUGGGCGUGGAGAUGUGCUGCCACCAGUUCCAGGCCAAGGGGAUAAAUCAGCGACCAUGCUCUCCGACGGAGCCAUUUAUAGCAGCAUCGACUUCACUACCAAAACCACUUACAACAGUUCCAGCCAAAUAACCCAAGCGACGCCAUAUGCCACCACACAGAUCUUGCAUUCCAAUAGUAUACACGAAUUGGCGGUCGAUCUGCCUGAUCCCCAGUGGAAGAGUUCGAUCCAACAAAAAACAGAUCUGAUGGGAUUUGGUUAUUCUCUUCCUGAUCAGAACAAAGGGAACAAUGCCUUACUUUACAUCCCUGACUACCGAUUGGCUGAGGGAUUGUCUAAUAGAAUGCCACACAACCAGUCACAGGAUUUCAGCACCACCAGCUCUCACAACAGCUCAGAGAGAAGUGGCAGUCUCUCAGGUGGGAAAGGUGGAAAGAAAAAGAAAAGCAAGAGCUCUUCCAAACCACAGAAAAACAAUGGAUCAACCUGGGCCAAUGUGCCGCUACCUCCUCCUCCAGGCCAGCCCCUUCCUGGCACAGAAUUAGAACACUAUGCAGUAGAACAAGAAAAUGGUUAUGACAGUGAUAGCUGGUGUCCGCCAUUACCAGUGCAAACAUACUUACACCAGGGCAUGGAAGAUGAAUUAGAAGAAGAUGAUGACCGAGUCCCAACACCUCCUGUCCGAGGCGUGGCUUCUUCUCCUGCUAUUUCCUUUGGACAACAGUCCACGGCGACUCUCACUCCCUCACCAAGGGAAGAGAUGCAACCCAUGCUGCAAGCUCACCUAGAUGAGUUAACAAGAGCCUACCAGUUUGAUAUAGCAAAGCAAACAUGGCACAUUCAAAGCAAUGAUCAACCUCCACAGCCCCCGGUUCCUCCAUUGGGUUACAUGUCUGGAGCCUUGAUUUCUGAUUUGGAAACAGAUGUUCCAGAUGAUGAUGGUGAUGAUGAAGAGGAAGCCUUAGAAAUCCCCAGACCCCUGAGAGCACUAGAACAGACACCUGGAUCCAGUAUGGACAACCUAGAGAGCUCUGUGACAGGUUCAAUGGUAAAUGGCUGGGGCUCUGCAUCUGAUGAGGAAGGUGACUUUUCUAGUCAUAGAUCUAGUGUAGGUAGCUCCUCAGAUGGCGCCAUCUUUGCCAGCGGCAGUUUUGCACAAGCACUUGUGACAGCAGCAGAUAAAGCUGGUUUUAGGCUGAAUGGAACCAGCCUUACAAAAACAGGCAAAGCAUUUACCUCCUCUCAAAGACCUCGGCCAACCAGCCCAUUUUCUACUGACAGUAGCACCAGUGCAGCCGUGAGUCAAAGUCAGAGGCCUAGACCCACUAAAAAACACAAGGGAGGGCGAAUGGAUCAGCAGCCAGCAUUGCCUCAUAGAAGGGAAGGAAUGACAGAUGAUCUUCCACCACCACCAGACCCCCCUCCAGGUCAGGGCUUAAGGCAGCAAGUAGGCUUGAGCCAGAAUGCUGGCAGCAUGGAAAACUCAACAGACAAAAAAAGCAGUUCUCUGGAGAGACAACAGGAGACCAAUCUAGAAGACACACAGAGUUCCUUGGAUGGUCCAGCUAGGACAUCUCUUGAAUGGCAGCGACAAACCCAGGGCUGGAUAAAUGCCACAGAACAUCAGGAGGACAUACGGAAAGCUCUACUACACAAGCAAGGUGUUGGACCAGAGGAGACCUUGGUCCCCUAUAGCAAGCCCAGUUUUCCCUCACCAGGAGGUCACAGUUCAUCAGGAACAGCUUCUUCUAAAGGAUCCACUGGGCCCAGGAAAACAGAGGCAUUGAGAGGAAGCCACCAGCGUAAUGCCAGUGACCUUCUUGACAUAGGAUAUGUGGGCUCCAAUAGUCAAGGACAGUUUGCAGGUGAAUUAUGUAAGCGUGAAAGCUGCUCUGAAGGAUCACCCGGUCUGAACUCAUGGAAGUGAUGACACUAAACAGUGCAAUGAACAAUUUCUUUAUUUAUGUACUAUUAAAAGAACUGUAAAUGCAAUGUAAAGACACACAGCCACACAUAACCCACAGAUAUAUCACUCGUGUUCUUCUCUUAAAUACACCACCCACCUUAACUCUUUCUUGUCAGGAGUCUAUAAAAAAGAAAGAAAACAAAGCUCGCCAUCCAGGAAGAAAAGGAUUUUCCUGUGUAUAUAAUUUUCUUUGUGCAUCGUAUGCAAGCUCACCCUUUUUAGCUCUGUUCAUAUACUUGUCUGUUCUUACUGGUCUGUUGUACUAUAUGUGAAUUAAUAGGCUGUGGUGCCAUAUAUUAACUUCUAAUUGUGUAACUUUUAUGUUUAAACUUUGCACUGCAAUUUUAUUUGGUGAUAAGCACAAAUCUCUACUCCUUGUGACAUGAAGAAAAAGACUGGGCAUGAAGGGAGUUUCUGUACUGUAAGCUAGGUUGGAUAAUGCUGGUCGUAACCAAACAAAUCAGAUGGUUUUCAGUCGGGGUCUAGACAUAGAAAAAUGCAAAGGAAUAGUGGUGUUGACAAAGUCUUCUUUGAACAUCAGGGACUGAGUCAUAUAAAAGAACUAUACAAAGGUGGCUUUUAUUAUUAAUAAAAUCAGGGGUCAAAAAACAGAAGUUAGAGUCUUAAGAUGGAUCGACCCUAAAAUAUACAGGUAGCAAAGAUGGACUAAGCUUGCUAAAAAAAAAAAAUAUAUAUAUAUAUAUAUAUAUAAAAGGAAAAUAGAUUUCUACUUAGAGUCAACUUUACCUGUCAUCGUAAUUGACCCACUUAAUAAUUAUAAGCAGAAUUAAGGCGUUUCACAAUAUCUGUAUUUAUAUUACAGAUUGAAAAGCAUUUUUCUGAAUUACCAUAAUUAAUCUAUCCAACUCAUUAAGUCAGAAUAUAAUAUGAAAUUCCCAAAAAGAGAAAAGCAAAAUAAACUUUAGAUAAUCUAGCAAAUAGUGUAAAAGACAAUUUAAUAUUAGGACAUACUCAGGCUGCUGCAAAACAUGAAAAUUCUACUGCAAUCUGGUUUCGUCUUUCGAAUACAUGUACAGUACACAUUUGAGGGUGUACACCUAAAUUUAUGACUUUUGAAAAACAGUCGCAGUCCCUCUCUAGUUGUGUAUUUCAUUUGAUUCAGAAGUGAAAGUUAUGCCACCACGGAAAUAGCCAAAUUGAAAGUGCUUAACAAGCAGUGCUCAGAGUAUGGUCAGUUCACAGUAAGUAGAUUUAUUGGACUAAAUCGUUUAUGGAACAUUCUCAAAAAUUGGCUACCAGCUAAAAUAUGUUUGACCCAUUUUGAAUGAGUAAAUUGAAAAGAAAGAUUUUAAAUGAGAAAAAAAAUGCAUGUUUAUACACUUUUAAAAUAAAACCAAACCUCUUAAGUGGACAUUAAUAGCCGUGUCCGGCCUCAUUUGUUUUCAUGAUGUUGAGAAGAAGAAGUUCCUCAAUGUCAGUCAUAUAUGGACAAAAUAAACACGAUUGUGAAUUAUGUGUUAGCUACUGUACAUGUAUGGUCAUAUUAGUCAGUCCAUCCAUCAAGUGAAAGGGAUGUUCUUGAAAUUCUCACUUCUGACAUAAUCCCAUAUGCUGCGUACACAAUGGCAAACUCAAAUUCUACCUUUAUUUUCUCAUGUUUUCCUAUGAUGUGUUCUGUAGUUGGUGCUUUGAAAAAAAAUGCAAUGUCACGAUUAGGAUCAAUUCUAAAUUAUGGAACUCAUUUGGAUGACAGCUCAUAGCCAAUGCAUUGCCACCUCAGUCAUCAAUUGUAAAGUCAUCUUGUUAUAACAGAGAUGGCAUAAUUAAAUGCUCCUUUGUUUUUCAUUCCUUGAAACUGUAUCAAGAGAGACAAGGAGAGAGGGACAAAAUGGAAAGAUGAAGAAUGCAGGUCCAGUUUCUUGGUGAAAUGUAGUUCAUUCCUUCUCUGAAGAGAAUCAGGAUUCUGAGACUCAGUUAGUAAACCCUAUCUGUUUUCCACCAUCAGUGCCUGGACUCUCAUGCAGUUUGGUUUAUCUGAGUCGAAGAUAUCAGGGGAGAUGAGAACUUUCUGUGAAGAGUGAAUACAUAACUAAUAAUAAUUGUAGGAUGUGAGGAGUUCCUACAUUCUAAUUUAUACAGUUCUUGAUUUGAUUUCUUUCUCUUAAGAAAAAAAUCUUUUUUAUCUCUUGUGUUCUUUAUUUAUAUUCCUCUAUAUCACAGUAUAGUCUAAAAUGUUAAUUACUUACACAUAGUCGACAUAGACGUUGACCCUUCAUAACCUGCAGGUCAUAUGUGACUGAUAUACCAAAAGACUUCAAAAAUAGAGUAUGUGUAUACAAGUGACUUUUAGAAUAAUGUAGGGCAUAGUAUCACAACUUCCUGUUCAUCUUCUGUGCAUAAGAAAAAUAACUGAUAUGGUUUAUGUCAGUAUGAACUUAAUAGUUACUUAUGGAAUGAUAUUUUAGAAUAGUCCAUGUUUACUGUUAAAUCCAAUUUGAAAACGUUGAUCAGUAAAAUCUUGCAUCUAAAAUUACCCUCAUAGAGAAAUAAAGCAAGAUGAAAUGCCAUGAAAUGAAUUCAGGAACACUAUUGAAAGUUUAAAGCAUGUGUUGGUCUAUUCUAUGUAAUAUACUCAGCAUAAAUUGCAAUGUCCUUAGAAGAAUAUAAACAUGAAAGAGAGCUUUCAUUUUAUCACCAACUAAAAGACUGUUAUUAUAAAUGCACAGCUCAGUCUUCUCCAGGCCUAAAUAGAAAUCUGUAUAAGCUGUCAGAAAGAAAUCUGGCUGGGAGAUAAUAUCAUCUUGUCUUGCAUUCACAGGAAUUGCUUCUGUGCAGUCACACCCCACAAAAAACACAGCUUCCUUCGUAACACUCAAAAAACUAAACUAUCAGGAUAGCGCUCUAUCUGCCCCAACUCAGGUAUGCCUCUGUGUAUUCGGGCAGAAUUGCUGUCAGCUCUCUCCAGAUCAUCCCCCUGCCCUAGUUAAAGUAAGGUGGGAAAGUACAGUGACAUAAAAAUAUUUGAUUCUUUCACAGGAUAAUUUAGGAAAAUCAAGACCAACAUUUAAGAUAUCAUGCAACCAAAGAGACGGUAAAACAUGACAGUUUGCUUGGUUGGGGGUAACAAAAGAAUUUAAACGGUGUUCUAUGUCACUAUUCAAUGAUCUGAGUAUGAAAUUGUAUCUUUUAUGAAAUUCUAGUUACAAGUCUAUAUGAGCUCUGAAAGGACACCACCAGGUUUCCAUUUGGCAAAUUUAUGUAACUCUCCAUUGACAACAUAAUUAUAAGGGUACCAAUGAACUCUCAACUGUAGUUUAUCUUUUCCACCGGGAAGUGAUUGUGUGUCAGUAUUAAAGAUAUGCAGACCCAUGGCAUUCGCUAAUUCGUGCAUAUGCUUCUGUAUAUUGCAUUUAUAGAAUGACACGACAAGAAUCCGUGUACAGCAACAUGUAUCUGCAGAUUAUCUUCAAGGAGAAGUUACAUUUAUUUGCUCCCUAGAACAUGUACUUCAAAUGAAAUAUCAGACUUUUCAAAAAAGCGUCAUAACGCUUUAUUCCUCUUUCUUAUCUCACAAUGUUCAAAUGCAUUUAUUGUGACUUUAAAGUGUUGCAAGAUAAGGGAUUUUGUGGCCCUUGGGUAGACUUUUUAUACUUUGUUUUAUAGAUGGAUUUUUUUAAACUGUAGUUUAAGUCACCAUACAGCGUCAAACCUUUAAUGUAUUUCAUUUAAUGUUGUUAGAUCAGAAAAGAGUUGGCAUAAGAAUGGUUGAUGGUAUUGUCAGAAUUGUGUAUUGUGUACUCACUGGGAAAAAAUAAAAUAUAUUCACAUUUCAA